AAACACUCAACAUGGACGGUUUCCAUAAAAUUUUAUACGUAUUUUUUUAGUUUUAAAAUGUUGAUAUUAUGAUUAAGUAAAGUUUUAAAGGAAAAGUAAAAGGCUUGAAAAUGUCUUCUGAAAGGGUGGAAUGGGUGGAGAUAAUAGAACCGAAGACAAAGGAGCAUAUGUAUGCUAACCUUACCACAGGAGAGUGUGUAUGGGACCCACCUGAGGGUGUUAAAGUGAAACGUACAGACUCAUCGCAAUGGUGGGAAUUAUUUGACAUCAAUACUCAUAGAUUUUAUUAUUAUAAUGCAUCAACUCAGACAACAGUGUGGCAUAGACCCACAGACUGCGAUAUAAUACCAUUAGCAAAGUUACAAACAUUAAAACAGAAUACUGAUCCACUAAAAAGGAGAGAAACUUCAACACAGACUAAUUUGGCAGCACCACAGGUACCAUCAAUACUAGACCCCCUUAACAGUAAUGGCAACAGUACAGCAAGUGCCAGUAAAUUAUCACCAUGCAAUACCAAAAGCGUUACAAUCACACAAACAAGUCCAGUGCGUACCCGGAGAUCUCAUUACCAUCACAGGAACAGCGGCGAAAGCCGUCGGGGGAGGCUUAGUGAAGAUGGAACGACUCCUCUUUGUCGCCAUACGGACUCGGGACGGUCAUCCGAUAGUAGCAUCAGUAGCGCACAGCAGAGACGGAAACAGGAACUAAGUGCUGUAUGUAAUCCACCAAUUUGUACGCCGCAAUUAAAGAAGAGGAGUAGCGUUCAGCCACCUCCGACCCACGGUGAAACUGAUAAAUGGUCGCCACAUUCAGGAUUAAACCGCAGUGGAAGUUUUAUCUCGCCACGAAAAGACGCAUCCGAUGACUCGAUGCAUGAAAAGUAUUUUAAAUCCGUCGAAAGCACACCAUUAACUAGACGUAAGUUAAAGCAGCAAUCUACGGGUGGUUCAUCCUGCGAGUCAGCAUCGCCUCAAAGUCCCAGCAGUCCAUUGCAGAAGCCCCAACCUACGCCGUUUUUACAGACGUCAGCAGCCCGGCCGUCGUUGGUGUCGUCGAUAUCUCUGGCCACUGAGGCGGGUGGCGCCAGACACAUGCUGAGCUUGGAAAGACCGCAUCAUCUCUCACGGCACUCCCGGGAGAGGUAUUCGGAUAGGCACCUAGACAAAGAUCGUUUGGCCGAGUUGGACCGUAUCGAGCGUUACCCGGAGAAGCAGGCCGUGUACAGCGUGGACAAGCCUUUCCGCCAGACCAGCCUCGACCUCCGCCAUAAUACCAGCAACUGGCAUCAGCCGAGGGAGUUUACCAGUUCGUCAAUUUCCAGACGCCAGCAGGCAGAGCCCGAGCGCUUCACUGCGAGCAAAUCCUCCAAACAGCAGCAACAGCGGCCCCACGAACACAACUUCAUGAGGCUCUCGUCCGCCAAUGAGGCCGAUAACGUCGCUGCUGUAAACUAUAAGUUAAAAAGCGUGAACUUGGAGCCAGCCCUGACGGAGCCGAAUGUCCAGAAACAUAACCAGAGACUUGAGAGGACUACCACAAGGGACAGAACUAAAUCGCGACGUCACAAGCGAGCGGCAGAAACGGAAGAGGGAGAAGAGGAGGAGGAGGGGGGUUCCCCCUUGUACUGCAACUGGGACUUACGAGGACUCCAGCAUCUGCUGCCACUGCAGGAUUAUAUCAUACAGCAGGCAAAGCUAUCCAGCCGAAGCCGCUACGGCCAUUCGGACUCUGAGAACGAAUCCGGAUCUUCGCAUUCCAGAUCUGGCUCCGAAUCCCGGUCGCUAUCCGGCCACGAGCCGGAUAACGAAUCCUCAGAUGGUGGAGCUAGAACGCCGGAUGACGAUGACGGAUCCGGCGUGUACCUGCCUCACACGUACACACAGAGGCCUUUAGAUGUGGAAUAUAUGAAUCAUGGCGUCUCCUAUUACAAUACGUUCGUUGGCUUCGAGCGGGAUCGGCUGCCGUCGCCGGGGAUUCACAGGACGUCAUCAGUGGGCGGUGGCAAUACCAGUAUAGGCAGCGCAUCGGCCAGUGUUCCGGACGGAGCCGAAGGUGGAGCCUUGUACAGCCCCGUGCGGUCGCAUCCGCGUCACCCCCCACUCCUGCCCCACAUGCCCCCGCCCGAACAGGACAUUGAGAUAUUCGCAAAGGACAACCUCAACUUCAGCAAGGGAAUCUUUCGGAGAAAGGCAUCAGUCCGCGAUAUGCUCUCUUGGACGUCUUCAUCGAUAAGUGCCCCAAUGGUCGGGGCAGAUUGGGACAAGGGCCACAAAAAGGCCGCGAUAGAUCUGUUUCGUCUGGUGCAGAUAUAUAUGGGAGACCGAAAAGCUCGUCCCGGUAUGACGCUCAACUCCGUAGCCCAGGAUAUAUUACACGCUACAUUCACUAAUGAAAAGCUCCGCGACGAGCUGUACGUGCAGUUGUGCCGGCAGACCACAGAGAAUCCUCUCAGGGACUCGUUGCUCCGCGGGUGGGAGCUGUUGGCCGUGUGCCUGGCCUUCGUCCCGCCCUCGCCGGCUUUCCAACCGGCCCUCACCAAUUAUGUCAACAGGCAUCGGGAUCCCGCCUUUGCCGACUGUUUCCCUGAGGUCGGGAAAUGGCCGAUUCACGUGCAAGUGUCCCACUACGCGAGCGUAGCGUGCAAACGACUCGAACGAAUCGGCUUCGGAGGCAAGAGACAGCCGAGGAAGCCCACCACGGAUGACAUCGACCAAGCUCGGAUACAAAUCUUCCGCCAAUCGAUGUUCGGGAAUACUCUCCAAGAAGUGAUGAUGCUUCAGAAGGAGCGGUUCCCGAACAGGCAGCUGCCGUGGGUGCAGGUGGCUCUCUCUCAGCAAGUGUUGGCCCUCAACGGGAGGGAGACGGAGGGUAUUUUCAGAGUGUCGGCGGAUGUCGACGAAGUUAACGCCUUAAAAGCCAAGAUCGAUAACUGGGAACUACCCGAUGUCUCGACCUUGACAGAUGCGCACGCGCCGGCUAGCCUUCUGAAGCUCUGGUACCGAGAGUUAUACGAACCCUUAAUCCCGGAUGCCUUGUACGGGGCCUGCGUGGCGGCCGGGAGUGACUUCGCCGCCUGCACAAGAGCGUUGCAGAGGCUGCCCGCGCUUAAUCGAUUGGUACUGACGUAUUUAAUAAGCUUCCUGCAACAAUUCAAUGCGCCCGAAGUGGUAAGUCAAACUAAGAUGGAUUCGGCCAAUCUGGCCAUGGUGUUCGCUCCGAACUGUCUCCGAUGCACCUCGCAGGACCCCAGGGUCAUUCUGGAGAAUGCGCGCAAAGAAAUGACAUUUCUGAAGACAUUAAUCACUAACCUCGAUACCACUCACGUCCACGAUCUUCUGUGACCGAAUCUCAAUUAUUAUAAUAAUAAUAUCACGGAAUAGCUUUCGCAUAAUAAAAGCAUACUACACCUAAAUCUCUAAAAGCUCUCACGACCAAUAGAUCACUUAAUCCCUAGGGAGAUCUAAGAUAAUAAAACUGUCAACGUGCUUAAAAUUUCAAAGUUUUCAAAAUGAUUUGAUAAAUUUAUGUUGUAUUGUUUAUUCUAGUCUCGAGACGAAAUAUCAAAACGACGUUUACUAGGGUAAAAUGAACCGCUUUUUGUUAUUCUGUCUCAGAUUCAUUUAACUAAAAAUAUUAUUUUAUUUAAUACUAAAUUGUUCUACGUGUAAAAGCAAUAUUUUCUAAGAUACAUAUUAAAACUUUGAAAGUGAUUUGAAUUUCGGAAAAAAUGAUUGGUUGAAUCCAAAGAUAUAUAAUGCUAUUAUAAUGUGGCACUCCAUGACAUUACGUUUAAGUUAAGGACAUUACGUUACUACUUUGUACGCUAAAGUGCGUACGCGUGCCGUGAAUGAUAGCGUGCACGCACAUCGAUUAAAUUUAUUUAUUCAAAACGUUGUAUAUGAACACAUUAUUUUAAUAGUUCUAAUCGACCUUUAACUUUUGCUUCAAUACCUGGAAAUCAUUUAAAAUAAUUCCAUAUAAAUGGUAUAAUAAAUAUAAAAACAUAUAACCUUUGGUCUUUGUGGUCAGUUAUUCAAGCGCUCUAUAAUUAUAAUUCAACAUUUUGCGAGCCAGUAACCGGCUCUUUAGGCUGAGAUACGUAAAAUAAAAAUGAUAAAGAAACAUACACAAUUUUUUGAUAUUCCAUCAUAUUAAAUAUAUGAUGUAACAAAAAUCCCCAUUUAGUUAACGAACAAUUAAGUUUUUCAAUGAAAUGAAGAUAGAAGCAAUAUAAUGAUAUAUAUAUAUAUACACAAUUUGUUUACAUUAAUGUAUGUAAUGACGAAGCCUGUCACGUUGAUGAAUAAUUAUGAUUCCGCAAGUGUUAGGUUCUCUUAACCUGGGUUUAUCUCUGUCUUUUAAUUAUAAUAGUUAUACUCUACCCUGAGAACGUGAUUAAUGACAUCUUCAAUGACUACUACUACUACUUUACAAUAAAAUGGUAACUGUUUGAGGACAUAUUCCCCAAGUAUGGGAAUGGUGUAUCUAUCACUUCCUUUCAAGGAGAAGUAUUUCUCCUUGGAGAUUAGGCAAAAAAAAUCGCUUGAAUAACUGAAAAUGUUACAUAUAUUUCCAAUUGAAUCGAAUAAUACACCUAGGACAUCUGACGCACAAUUUUAAUUACGUCACACAACUUUGCUAGAAUAGUUGUUUAAACAAACUAUACAUGAAAUCGUGUUUAAUAGAUGCUUAAUUAAAUAAAUGUAUAUUCAGGAUACAGAAACUAUGUUAAAGUAUAGAACAACAAUUUCAAAUAGUGUUCAUUAUAUAUAGAUCGUGUAGAAUUACCUGAACCAAAUGCUUAGGGCAGCUCUAAGGCCUUGUAAAUUCUAUAUCGAAACUUCUAGAAGAUAUAAUCGGUUUUCUAUAUUCGAAUAUUUAAGUAAUGCGCAGCUAUAGUGUUGUUAUAGUUCUAAAAUAUAUACGGCAUAAAUAGGUGAAGUAAAAAGUUGAUAUCUUUCAAGUUAUUGCAGCCACACUAUUGUGUGUAUGUCUUCUCUAUUUUGUCGGUUUAUUUUAAUUAUGACUAUAACCAGCAAACAAACCGCCUCUUUGUCACAACGCUUUUAAUUUAAGAUUUAUUUCGCUAACAUUUAACUUGAUUUUAUUGUCAUGAUGUUAUGAUAACGCUGUCGUGGUUAAAAAUAAUUCCUUCGGACAUUCCGCGUUCCAACGAAGAUUUACAAUUAUUUUAUUUUUAUUUUAUUAGAACAGCUAGAUAUGUAAUAAGUAAUAUUUUUUAAAAUUUCAUUUAUGAUGUCUGUCUUAAUAGGAAUAUACUGUAAAAUUAUUAAUAUUGAUACAUAGAAUCAAGUGUUAUGUUACUGAUAUAUAAACUAACUUAUGUUAUAAAUGUUUUAUUAGUUUUGUUUUUACAAAAAGUGAUCACCAUCCCGGUUAUUAAAAAAUUCAUCUUUUUUCAAACCAACUUAUAAAUACAUCGCUUUAAGUAAAUGUUUAAUUUAUAAUGGGUCGUUAUGAAUUGAUAUUAAAGGAUUUUUGGAAAUUAAUUAAUCGUGCCAUAAAUAAACUGAUCGAGACUGUAAGAUGUUAUUAAUAGAUCAGAUCUACUUUGAUUAUAACCGGAAUCCUAUUUGAAUCUCAGUUUAAUUGCCAUUAUACGGUUAACUCCCGCAUCAACUCGAUUAUAAGGGUAUUUACCGCUUAAAAUGCCUUUCAAUUAACUUUUAAGUAAUCAAUUGAUAUGUUUCCUUUCGACUAUCGAAUAUAUGAUGCUUAUAUUUUACUUUAUGUUCGGAAAUAGGCAAAUAGAUUUUGCUCGAUAAUAUAAUUGUGAUUAUACGCAGAUGCAUGAACGCACCUAAUCAAUUUGAAUUGCAUUAAUGAUAUAUUUGGCAAUGAGAUGUUCUAUAUUAUAUACCGAAGCUUGUAUUUUAAUUAUGUAAAGUUGUAUAGUGCUUAUAAAUAAUGUACUUUUACUUUUAUCCCUUGUAUAUAAUAGGCCUUUCAUUUGUUCAAGACGAAAUAACUAUAAUGUGGACAUCGUUCAUUUUGGUUAUUACUGUAAAUGUGAACAUUUGAACAAAUAAAUAUAUAAUCGUCCAUUGGAUGACUGCAAAUACCA